CAGAACCUCUUGUAUGAAGGUGUUGUCCAGGACGAGCACGAAAAUCCAAAAUUAGGAGAAGCAGCUCCGUUAAUCUGUGUCGUGCCUUUAAGAUGGCCAGCGGACGCAGCGAUUAGGCAGAGGAUUCUGGCAACUUGGGGAUCGCCCAAACGGCCAGGCGGUUGUGAUCGACUGUUGUUUUUUGCGGCGUUGCCCAGUUGGGAAUACAGGGAUAAGGUUCGCGUAGAUGUUAGCCGAGUGACUGAGCUGUUUGAGAAAGAGGACACGCGUAUCGCGAUCACGGCACAAGGCCUAUGGCGCGAAUUGCGUCGUUUUAGGGAGUUAUUUGCGACGGAAGAAGAGUAUGCACUGAAGCAGGCUGAAAUAGUGGAGGAGAUCUAUGCAUCGAAAACCGCCUAUAAUGGGGAUUCAUCUAGUGGAGGAAGCGGUAAGAUAAAACGGCUGUUGAAGAUGGAAAAUGGCGAAAGGGUGUUGGGGGCUUAUGUUGAGAACGUGGAUGAAGACCUGGAGAUUAAGCAGGGUAAGAAAAUUUCUGACACUCCCGAGAACAAGAUGGAACUUGCCGACGAAGACGGAGAUGGCGAUUCCCUCACUGACAAAAACUUACUUAGAGCUUAUCACGCGGACCCGAUCACCGGUGGGCAAGUUGUCUUUAACUACGCAGUGGAUGAGGAUGUCAUGGAGAAUGUGAAGGAUAUAGUGUCUGCUGAAGUAGAUGUUAGUAGAGGAGAACUACAAGGAUCUAGUGCCACUUCUGCGGCAAACAACACCAGCGAUCCCGAUGGUGAUGCAAACCACGACGACCAUGAAGAAGCUUUCGCCCAAGUUUCUCAGAUCCACAGGACUGGCAAACUUCGCCUAGUCUCGAAAGCUUACCUACCUCCUAAGGAAAUAAGGGAACGACUAGCGGCUGAGCGACGGAAUUCAACUACGUUUUGGGCAGGGGAGAAGCGGAGAAACUUAUUCGAUAUGGUAUGUUAAGGCUCACUCAUAUUCAUCUUGAGCGGCAUCUUUGGCGUCCUUUUGAAGGGGAAAACGGGUCAAAGAUGACCUUCAAGAGGGGCAUUUGGCAGGUCUAAGCAUGGAACGCGCGAGACGUUUUCCGGAAGCAAUAUCACCCAAACCUGCCAGAAGACGUAGUAGAUUUGCGGAAAUUUUUCCCAGAAGAUGUGCCGCCAGAUCUGCGGAAGUCGUGGUCUAGUAUACUAAGGAAUGGCACUACAACUUCUACAAGUUCUAUGAGCAGUAGUGCAAGUGGUUCGUCUACGAGCGGAUCCCUUCUCGCAGAUAAUGACUCAACACCUACUGAUGAAUCAACAAAAACAGCAUUAAGUCUAUCUAGCAGUGCUGCAACGCCUAGGAGCACAAGGAACUUGAACGCUGCAAUCGAGAAAAAGGGCAAGAUGCUAGUACAGAAGGACCACACGACGGCUCAAAUCUUCGAGCCGUCUCUUUCAGAAUUUGCGCCAGACAGUGCAUUGGGAGAGGCAGAUGGCGGUAGUACUAGCGCUGCUGUCCUGGCUGUUCUGGCGCGUGUCUCUGGUAGCAAACGGGGUGAUGGAGCUGAUGGUUCGGAUAUAGGAGAGACAAAAACUAGAAAAGCUACUCCUGAGAGGACUGAGACCUCUGCUGAUCAAGAACGAGAUCCUCGAUCAUCUCCAUCAGUUUCACCAUCCCGUGAACACCAGCCACUCAGGCAAAACCCGAAGAUCGUGGUAAAUGCUCAGGCGAAGAUGUUUCUCAUGUACGUUUAUCUGGCCAAGUUUAUGCCGUCUAGCAGUUGGAUCUGUCGCAUUGAUGCGGAUGCCUAUUUCGUGCCCCAAAACUUUCGAAAACUCCUACGGGAAAACGGAGGAGCCCUGGGCGAUCCUGGCAAAAGAGCUCACUAUUUCGGCAGUACGGC